AUGACUAUCACUAUCACCGUUGAGAAGGAUGGAUACUAUGAGGUUAAUGGUAAUCGGCAGGAGCCCACUGUCAAUCUCUAUAUCAUCCCGGCCGCAUCCAAGUUGCACCGGAUGCUCAAGGACACUAAGGAUUUGAUUGUUUGCCCGGGUGUUUACGAUGGUCUCUCUGCUAGAAUUGCAAUGGAUCUCGGCUUCAAGGGCCUCUACAUGACCGGCGCUGGAACCACUGCGUCACGUCUUGGAAUGGCCGAUCUCGGUUUGGCUCAGCUUCAUGAUAUGAAGACCAACGCCGAAAUGAUUGCAAACCUGGACCCAUUUGGGCCCCCAUUGAUUGCCGAUAUGGACACUGGCUAUGGAGGCCCCCUUGUGGUUUCGAAGUCAGUCCAGGAGUAUAUACAGGCUGGCGUGGCUGGGUUCCAUAUCGAGGAUCAAAUUCAGAAUAAGCGCUGUGGACAUCUUGCAGGCAAGAAGGUCGUCAGUCUGGAUGAAUACAUCACGCGUAUCCGUGCUGCGAAGAUGACAAAGGACCGGCUGCAUUCGGACAUUGUCCUCAUUGCACGCACUGAUGCUCUUCAACAACAUGGUUAUGAGGAGUGUAUUCGUCGAUUGAAAGCGGCCAGAGAUAUUGGUGCCGAUGUUGGCCUUCUCGAAGGGUUCACCUCGAAGGAACAGGCUCGUCAGGCAGUUCAAGACCUGGCUCCUUGGCCCCUGCUUCUCAACAUGGUGGAACACGGCGCCACCCCUCUGAUCACCACCAAGGAGGCCGAGGAGAUGGGUUUCAGAAUAAUGAUCUUCUCUUUCGCUUCCAUCACCCCUGCCUAUAUUGGCAUUCGAUCCGCUCUGACGCGCCUGAUGACAGAAGGAGUUGUAGGGAUCCCAGAAGGACUAGGACCUCGGAAAAUAUUCGAGGUUUGUGGCCUUAUGGACGCAAUGAAGAUUGAUACGGAGGCUGGAGGUGAUGGCUUCGCCGAUGGGGUCUGA